AUGACAGCAAUGCAGCAAGCAAACCGCCUCAGGCAGGCCUUCACUACAAAGAAGCCUGCCUUUGGGCUGUGGCAGAUGCUUCCGGGCUCCAACAUCUCGCGGGCUCUAGCCAGGACGCCGGGGAUCGAUUGGGUCAUGGUGGAUUAUGCCGCUAUGCACGAGGCUGUGCCUGCCAUCGCGGCAGUUGGCGUUUCGCCCAUCGUGCGGAUACCAGACUUUCAACCAUGGAUGGUCAAACGAGCUCUUGAUACUGGAGCUCAUGGGAUACUCGUACCGCUGAUCAGAACAGUGCAAGAGGUCAAGACGCUCGUGUCGGCGUGCAAGUUCCCACCCGAGGGGACGCGAGGCUUCGGCUCGCCCUUCGCCAUGCAGACCUUCUCACCCACGCCGUCCAUGACGACGUACCUGCAGUCGGCCAACUCGAGCCUGCUGACCAUGGUGCAGAUCGAGACGCGGGAGGCGCUGGAGGCGGUGGCCGAGAUCGCGCCGCUCGUCGACGUGGUCCUGGUCGGGCCGUUUGACCUCGGCAACAACAUCGGCCACCCGAUCCUCGACGGCGUCAUGAGCCAGGAGCUGACCAGCGCCGUGGAGAGCGUCAGGGUCGCGGCGGACAGGGCCGGCGUGGUUAGCGGCAUCUUUUGCACGGGUCCCGAGAUGGCCAGGGCCUGCGCCGACGCCGGCUGGGGCAUGAUCAGCGUCGCGACGGAUCUGACGGCGUUGAUGGGGACGAUGGAGGAGAGGGUUGCGGUUGCGAGGGGGGAGGGUAAGCCCGGAGCGAAGGGUGGAUAUUAG